GGCGUGUCCGUGUUUGGAGCAUUCCUUCGCUCAGAGUUUAGUGAGGAGAAUCUGCAGUUCUAUCUGGCCUGUGAGCAGUACAGAAACUCGUCCAACAACUUCAGCCUGCACAGACGGGCCAAGGAGAUCACUGCCACAUAUAUUGAGGCGGGGGCGCCGCGAGAGGUAUACAGACUUUGUCUAUAUGUUAACCUGCCGGGCUGGCCUGUUUCUGACGGUCUAUCUGUCCAUCUGUGGGCUGGCCUGUUUCUGACGGUCUAUCUGUCCAUCUGUGGGCUGGCCUGUUUCUGACGGUCUAUCUGUCCAUCUGUGGGCUGGCCUGUUUCUGACGGUCUAUCUGUCCAUCUGUGGGCUGGCCUGUUUCUGACGGUCUAUCUGUCCAUCUGUGGGCUGGCCUGUUUCUGACGGUCUAUCUGUCCAUCUGUGGGCUGGCCUGUUUAUAUUGGUCUGUCUGUAAAUGGGCGUCUCUUCAUCAUGUUUAAUGAUCUGGUCAUCUUCCUCCUCCUGCAUGGAGGUGUGUUUGUUAAACCAGUUAAUUCACCCAUCCCCCGUCCUCUCCCUCUUUCACUCUCUCUGUCCCCUCUCUCUCUCCCUCAUCCCCGUCCUCUCCCUCUUUCACUCUCUCUCCCCCUCUCUCUCUCCCUCCAUCCCCCGUCCUCUCCCUCUUUCACUCUCUCUGUCCCCUCUCUCUCCCCCCCAUCCCCCGUCCUCUCCCUCUUUCACUGUCUCUCCCCUCUCUCUCUCUCCCUCCAUCCCCAUGUCCUCUCCCUCUUUCCCUCUCUCUCUCCCUCCAUCUCCUUCCCAAUGCCUUUCUCUCUCGCUGUCCCUGUCUCUCAUCCUCCGUCUCUCCAUACCUCUCUCUUUCCCUCUCUCUCUUUCUUUCUCCCCUCUCUCUCUCUCUCUCUCUCUCUCUUUCCCACUCUGCCUCUCUCUCCCUUUCCCUUUCAGGUGAACUUGGACAGUAAGACCAGAGAACUAACCACACAGCUCCUACGGGCCCCAUCACACACCUCCCUGUCCCACGCCCAGAAACGCAUCUACUCCAUCCUGGAUACAGACUGCUACCCCCGCUUUCUCCAGUCCACCAUCUACCUCACCCUGCUAGGCCAGGCUGACUAGAGACUAAGGGCUCCAUUCAAUCCGUAUCGCGGAAGUUCAGAACUACAGCGCGAUUGAAAUGUAAAGGCAACGUUACUGCGUUAGUGGAGAGUACAUUCACGUUAAACGCUGCAUACGAUGGCUCAAUCGGAAAUGACCUUUUACAUUUCAAUCGCGCUGUAUUCUAUUCUCCACUCUCCACCCUCCACCCUUCUCCCAGAGUGUACACUUGCACACUCUCUUGCAUGGAUUUAACAAUGGUGGAAAGGAAACUCCAAUCCAGUGCUUUUGAAAUCCACGAUGGGCGUGUGCAAGUGCCUUCUGGGAAAGGAUGGAGAACUGGGACCUGUCUGUCGUAGACCUGUCUGUUGUAGACCUGUCUGUCGUAGACCUGUCUGUUGUAGACCUGUCUGUCGUAGACCUGUCUGUCGUAGACCUGUCUGUCGUAGACCUGUCUGUCGUAGACCUGUCUGUCGUAGACCUGUCUGUUGUAGACCUGUCUGUUGUAGACCUGUCUGUCGUAGACCUGUCUUUUGUAGACUUGUCUGUCGUAGACCUGUCUGUUGUAGACCUGUCUGUUGUGGAUAUGGGGUUGGCCAGUUGCAGGAGAUGCAGUUACAUAAUGUAGAGUUAAAGAGUGUUUAGGGUUUAGUCAUUCCCGUUAAUGAGUAGGGCAUGGAACAGAACAACGUUUAAAAAAUGUUUUGCAACGGAAAACGAAAAUUAGAGUUCCUUAUUGGACAAGUCCAGGUAGUCCCCUCUCUGUUUCAGUCAGUUUUUUUUUUCUUUAUUUGGUGCCUAAUGAACACGACCCAUCUUCUGUUAGGUUCUGUUCUGCUCAGGGUGUGAAGAAGCUUGGGGAAAUGAAAGCAGAGAAAAAAUGAUGGGGUUUGGAUUGAAGGAGCUUGCCAAGCGAUCAACAGAGGUUACGAGACAGGGACCUGUUUUUUUUUUUUUUUCCCCAUGACUUAGCGAGUGUGACCCGAGGUGGCGUGAAACUACAGAUAUCAUUGUUUGUAAUCAUUAAACAUCAUGUUUUUUUGUUGGCGUCACUCGUAGCAGAGCAGCUAAGUAGCCGAUAG